AUGGCUGCACGCACGAAAGAGUUGCACAAGUUCUUCAACGAAAUCAAGAGCCAUGGCACUACGGAACUAUUCCUCGACAAUGCCCGCCGUGUGAGCGCCCCCCUUGCCGCCCGGCUGCUGAAGCAAAUGGGCCUCGGCGAGCAUACCAGCACACCCUUUAAGCUCUUCGAGAACGCCUGUGGGGUGGGCGUUGUCGCGCCCCUUUUGCAGCAACUUAUCAAGCCCGACGUACUGAAGUCGAGCAGUAUCCUGUGCGGAGACUUCUCGGAGCAGGUGGUCGAAGUGGCACGCCAAAGGAACGAGAGCGAGGGCUGGGUGAAUACCGAGGUUAGGAAGAUUGACGGCCAGAGAACUGGGCUGGAUGAUGGCGCCUUCACCCAUGUCGCGACCAGCAUCGGCUUCCACGUCAUUCCCGACUCUGAGGCUGCUUUGAACGAGGCAAUCCGCAUCCUCCAGCCGGGCGGUAUCCUCGGCCUCACCACCUGGCACAGGGAGGCCGGCUGGGUGACCGAAAUCAAAGAGGCCGUCAAGGAGUUCCCUUUUGAGGCUCCGAUCGACGUGCCGAUGCAAACCACCGCCUGGGGCAACUGGUCGGAUGUGAACUGGCUCCGUAAGACGCUCGAAGAGAAGGGUUUACAGGAUGUGAAAGUGGACGUCUACGCUUUCCUUAGCCGCUGCGACGGCCCGGAUCAUUUCAUUCAGCAGUUCGGAUCGUUGCUGGAUGCGCUCUUGAUGGGCUCUUGGCCCGAGGAAGUACGCCAGGCGCACCCGAAGGAGGAAGUGCUCCAGCUGAUCAAGGAGCACGUCACAAAAAAGUACGGAGGUCAGGGGUGGGACCUGAGCUGGGUUGCUGCGGUUGCAACCGGCAGGGUACCGUAUCCAUAA